UUUUUUUACUAAUAUUUAAGAUCACAUAAUAAUAAAAUAAUGAAAUAUUUUUUUGCAACUUUACUAUUGAUUAGUGUUUAUGGUGUCUACAGUGCAGUACCGGACCCAUCACUGGUGACCGGCUAUCACUUUCACACCUAUUUCUUUCAGGACAACCCCGUCAGCUACAAGAGUGCUCUUAAUUUUCGACGCCAAACACACGAACAGUCAGUGAAUGGCACACUAAAGGGCUGUCGUCUAAAUCAUUUUAAUACCGUUCCCAGGGGUCCGCAUCCAAUCGGAAGUUUUGAGACAUGUUGUAAUGCCAGUACGUUUGCCAACGGCAUGUCGUGGUUUAUGAAAAACCGCGGCAACCAUUCAGUACUGAUUCACCCGUUGACCCGAUAUGAAGUGGUCGAUCACACCCGGGAUGUACUGUUUUUGGGUAGUCCACUGUUUAUCGAUCUGACACCCCUUGCAGAGGAUAUCGGUGAAGCUGAUAAGUGUUUGCCCAUUCCCUGGGAGGACGGCAAGACACCCAUACCUACCUGGCCUGCCAAUCCUACUCCGUUUGAAUAGAAAUAAUUAAAUAAUUAAUUUUAAGUUAUCAUAAUUAAACCAAAAAAAUAACAAUUAUUAAAAAAAUGUUUUAAUGUUUUAUUUUUAUUUUAUACC